AGAGAUUUUCUGAUGUGAGCCGUGAGCUCACACUUGAGACUGUUUUAGUAAUGUUACAGUGAGCUAUAAUUUAGAACAUGAUAGUUUCAUAUUUGUCAAAUUAGCCACAAUAAACCUGCUGUAAAUCUCCCUUCACCACUCUCCAGUGUCUGUUAGUUAGCUUAGCUAAAUAGCUAGGGUUAGCUAGCUUGUUUUUAGCAUGUUGCUUACAGCAGAAAGCUAAACGGUAGUCAGUCAUGUCUAAAACAGGGACUGGUGGUGAUGGUGAGUCCACACUGCUGCCCAUUUAUCCUUACAGAAAGAAACUCAUCCAGGCCGUGAAGGAAAACCAGUUUCUGGUGGUUACAGGAGAAACGGGCAGUGGGAAAACCACACAGCUCCCCCAGUACCUGUAUCAAGCAGGUUUUUGCAGAGAUGGCAAAAUCGGCGUUACUCAACCCAGGAGGGUCGCAGCCAUUACUGUGGCUCAGAGGGUCUCUCAGGAGAUGGGAGUCACGCUAGGACUGGAAGUUGGCUACCAAGUGCGCUUUGACGACUGCACCUCAAAGGACACUUUGAUUAGAUAUGUGACAGACGGCUGUAUGCUGAGGGAAAUCCUUGCAGACCCAAGUUUAACACAGUAUAGCAUUGUGAUCCUGGAUGAAGUCCAUGAGAGGAGCCUAAACACGGAUAUUUUGCUCGGGUUGCUGAAAAAGACACCAUCUCGAGGCUCCCACGGACGCACCGUUCCCUUAAAAGUGGUUGUGAUGUCUGCUACUCUAGAAGCAGACAAGCUCAGUUCCUUUUUUGGGCAAUGUCCUGUAUUUACGAUUCCUGGAAGAACCUAUCCGGUAAAGGAGCUGUUCUGCGGAUACAUUGGGCCAAAGGACAAAGAGAGUUCAGCCUAUGUGAAGGAGGUGGUGAAGGUUGCUUUAGAUGUCCAUACAAAUGAAGCUUCUGGAGACAUCCUUGUCUUUCUGACUGGUCAGAAUGAAAUUGAGAAAGCCUGUGACAUGCUGUUUGAAAAGGCUGAGUCCAUAGACUACCGCUAUGACAUGCACGACCGAUCGGUGGAAGGUCUUCUCGUUCUGCCGCUCUAUGGAUCCAUGCCGACAGAUCAGCAAAAACAGAUAUUUCAACCUUCUCCUGCUGGCGUGAGGAAGUGUGUGGUCGCAACUAACAUAGCAGCAACAUCUCUUACAAUUAAUGGAAUCAAAUACAUUGUUGACAGUGGAUUUGUCAAACAGUUGAACCACAACUCAAGAGUUGGUUUGGACAUUCUUGAAGUGGUGCCCAUAUCAAAGAGUGAAGCCCAGCAGAGAGCAGGCAGAGCAGGACGAACAUCAGCAGGGAAAUGCUUCAGGAUCUAUAACAAGGAGUUCUGGGAGAGAUGCAUGCCCGAGUACACUGUUCCUGAGAUACAGCGAACUAGUCUCACUUCUGUUAUUCUCACACUCAAAUGCCUUGGAGUCCAUGAUGUCAUCAGGUUUCCUUACCUGGAUCACCCAGAGGAGAGGUUUAUCUUGACUGCACUGAAGCAGCUCUAUCAGUAUGAUGCAAUUGACAGGAAAGGUAAUGUAACCAGGCUGGGACGGCUGAUGGUAGAGUUUCCUCUUCCUCCUGGGCUCACUCGUGCGCUGCUUAAAUCAGCUGCUCUUGGGUGUGAGGAGUUGAUGCUCCCAGUGGCGGCCAUGCUCUCAGUGGAAAACAUCUUCAUCCGACCAGGACAUGCUGAAAAACAAAAGGAAGCAGAGGUGGUUCAUAGAGAUCUAGCUGAUUCUGCAGGCAGCUUUAAUGAUUUCCUCAUUCUUCUCCGUAUCUUUGAAAAGUGCAAAGCAAGUGAGAAUCCAUCAGCAUGGUGUAAGGAUCACUGGAUUCACUGGCGUGCAUUGAAAUCAGCCUUUAGUGUGGAGACUCAACUCAGGGAGAUACUUCUCCGUUUAAAACAGAGGGACUUUGCACAGGAGACCUUUGAGGGCACCAGCAGUGAAAUUCUAAGGCAUUGUCUCUGUCUGGGUUAUUUCACUAAUGUGGCGAGGAGGUCUGUUGGGAAGGCAUUUUGUACCAUGGAUGGACAUGGAUCCACCGUUCAAAUUCACCCAUCUUCAUCUCUUUUUGGGCAGGAGGCACAGCUCGACUGGAUCAUUUUUCAUGACAUCUUGGUCACCUCCCGGGUUUAUGUGAAAACGGUGUGCCCCAUUCGAUAUGACUGGGUGAAGGACCUGCUUCCAAAGCUGCAUGAGAUAGAUGUCUAUGAGCUGAGCAGUGUUGCCAGGGAGGAAGUGACUGAUGAGGAGAUGGCACAAUGGGAAAAGAAAAAUGCAGCAAAAAGACAAACAGAAAACAGCGAAGACACAACAAAAAAGCUUGAGAAGAGAAACGAUGAAAGCUCCAUCACUGAAGCUCGGGCUCGAUAUUUACAGCGAAAGCAGAACCGACUCCAGGGAAAAGACUCAUGAAAGAAGACUGCCAAGUGUUCAUUAUGUAAUAUAAGUCAAUUUUUUUAAUUUGACUGCAAUUUUAUUAUAUAUUUUCUACUCAUUAAAGAUAACUGUGACGUUUGUAUUAAAAAGCUGUAUUAGGAUUUUGCAAUAAAUAUUUUAUUGUAUUAAAGUGAAA